CAAUCACCUCCGCUUCUGCUUUUACUUUAUCUGACGCGCGCGUAGCCGACCACUGACGCACGCGUUCGCGACUGCACUUUCGCUUUCAGGAAGUUCUGCAUUUAGACUCGAAAAAUAUUAUAAUAAACAACAUAAUUACCCAGACAUAACGUCUCUUAAUGCAUCGCUGACCGAGACGCGCGGCUGUGUCGUCAGUUUGUGUCGUGCGGGUUUAUUUACAGCAGCAAACCGCGGCUAAACAAGGCGAUGAAUGAAGGGUUGGAGAGCUCUUUAAAAUGACUCUACAAAGUUACAAAGCCUCAGGAUGUCCAGUCGUGGAGGGAAGAAGAAGGUCAGUAGGGGCUCUCGCUCGGCCCGUGCUGGAGUGAUCUUCCCCGUGGGCCGCAUGCUGCGCUUCUUCAGGAGAGGCCUUCCCAAAUACAGGAUCAGUGUGGGCGCUCCGGUCUACAUGGCUGCGGUGCUGGAGUACCUGACUGCUGAAAUCCUGGAGCUGGCGGGAAACGCAGCCAGAGACAACAAGAAGGGCCGCGUCACACCCAGACACAUUCUACUAGCCAUCGCCAAUGAUGAGGAGCUUCACCAGUUGCUGCGGGGCGUCACCAUCUCCGCUGGGGGGGUUCUACCCAACAUCCACCCAGAGCUGCUGGCCAAGAAGAGGGAGAGCCGAGGGAAGCUGGAGGCCGCCGUCACUGCUCCACCAUCCAGGAAAACUAGCAAAACAGCCGCUGUCAGGAAACUGCACAGCCAGAAGCCCUCUACAGGAAAGAGGCAGUCUGCUAAAGCGUCCGGUGGACAGAGCGCUUCUGCCGGAGGAUUCACCGUCCUCUCCUCCAAAAGCUUAUUCCUGGGCCAGAAGCUGCAGGUUGUUCAGGCUGAUAUCGCCAGCAUAGAGAGUGAAGCGGUGGUUCAUCCCACCAACUCCAGCUUCUACAUGGGUGGGGAAGUAGGCAGCGCUCUGGAGAAGAUCGGAGGAAAAGAGCUGUCAGACGCUGUUCUGGAGCUGCGCAAGAGCAACGGCCCCCUGGAGGUGGCAGGAGCCGCCAUCAGCUCCGGGUUUGGUCUUCCGGCAAAGUUCGUGAUCCACUGCAACAGUCCGGCGUGGGGCUCAGACCAGUGUGAGGAGAUGCUGGAGAAAACCGUCAAGAACUGCCUGGCUCUGGCGGACGAGCAGAAGCUGCGGUCGGUGGCGUUCCCCUCCAUCGGCAGCGGCAGGAACGGCUUCCCGAAGCAGAAGGCCGCUCAGCUCAUCCUGAAGGCCAUCUCCAGCUACUUCGUGACCACCAUGUCCUCCUCCAUCAAGACGGUGUACUUCGUGCUGUUUGACAACGAGAGCAUCGGGAUAUACGUGCAGGAGAUGGCCAAACUCGACAGCAAAUGAGACUCUGGUGAAGGAAAACAGAUGAUUCACGGUUAGAGAUGAGGGUCUUCUGGACUGCACUACACUUGAUGAAUGAAUAUGAGAUAUGCUUAUGAUGUAUAAGGGAAGUUCAGGGAUAAACACAUCCAACAUGAUUAAAUAUGCACUGAAAAUGGAGGCAGUUAAAGCGGUAUUUCACCAAAACAUGAUCAUUUACUGUCUGUUUACUCUCCCUCGAGUGGAUUUAAACCUUUAUGAGUUUCUGUCUUCCGUUGAACUCUAAAGAAGAUAUUUAGAAGAAUGUUAGAAAGUCAUUGACUUCUAGAAAAACAAAUACUGUGGCAGUCAACGGUUACAUGUUGGGAACAUUUUUCCGGGGCUGCAACAACGAAUUGAUUAAAUCAAUAAAAAUCAAUUACUGAAAGCGUUGGCAAUGAAUUUCAUGAUCGAUUUGUAGUGUCGUGCGACACGGAUUUUUGAUUAUUAACUAAACACUAGAUGAGUGCGGAGCGGAGUGAACUAUGUCUUGUCUCUCUCACGCACUGAUGCAGAGUUCAGCGCCUCACAGACAGGGAUGACCAAAAUGUUUUGAAGUGAGGACAGUAAAGUCCCUGGUGCUGCAGUUUACUUAUAGCUUGACAAGCAUGUCAAGUUAACGUUAGCUUGUUUACCCUUAGAGCGGCAACUGAAUAAGUCAAACUGAGCUUUGGUACGUUGGCUGACGCUGAGCCAGAGAAAGACACAUCAAAUCAUCACAGUUAUGCAGUGUUUUAACCACCCAAUGCUUAUUUUAUGUUUUAGACAUGUAAAUACACACAGGCACUAGUGAAACAGCACAUGCAGAGUGACAGUGGAAUCUAUUCUUCUGUAAGUUCACCAGACACUCGCAUGUAUUUGGGGAGUAACUGGUGAAUUUAGUGCUGAAUCCUGCUGUUCUGCUUUUAUGAAUGAGGCAAAUGAGCGGCUGCAAGUAAACAUGGCCAUGCCCAUCUAACAUUAUUAUCACGAUCACUUACUCACUUAAUCUGCAAGUGAUGCUUAAAACCUCUUUCCGAGAUUACAUCUCAUUAAGAUUAUUUUUCUGACCCCAUAAGCGAAUAAUUUAGCUUGUUUUAAGUAAAUAAUCACUUAAUUUUAGCUGUUUUUUCGCAGAAAACAAAACAUAAUUUCUAAUGCUAUUUCAAGUGUGUGUUGUGUAUGCUGAUGUAAGAUUUUUUAUUUGGAUUGAAAACAGGACAAAACUAAGUUAGUUUUUAUUUUAUUAAUAUUAUUAUUAUUAUAACAGCUCAGGGAUGAGCUUUAUUGAAUAAAUUCAUUUUUUUAAAAUGAUUUUCAGUUUUUUUUUGUCAUUCGAUUCAUCAAUAAAUCAAAUAAAUAAUCGACAGAUUAAUUGAUUAUUAAAAUAAUCGUCAGUUGCAGCCCUACAUUUUUCAGAAUAUCUUCUUUUUUGAGUAAAAAAGCUUUGAGAAGAGGACAGAAUUUGCAAUAUUAGGUGAGCUGUCCCUUUAAGGGAUUCAUCUAAGCACACUGGAAAACAGAUGUAAGUGGAGUUAAAUGGUUCUGAACGGGCUGAAUUUAAACAACCAGAUUGAGUUGAACAUUACUAACGUUAAUUUGUUUGGUUAAAUUCAACUCAAACAACUUAAUUUAUCAGAACUCCUUUGUUCAGAGUGUGAAAUAUGGGUGAAAUGAUGAGAUCAACGGGAUAUUUUUGGUACUUUAUGAUGACAGCAGCUGUUGUUUACUUGUGAACGGGGUUGGGUUUAUGUUUGUUAUAUUGCUGCAUAAUUUAAUCUCUUAUUUCUUCUGUUCUGUCAGUGUAUCGCCAAUGUUAAUAUGCAAAUGAUGUGCCUGAAAUAACUAAUUUAUAAACAAACAUUAAUCAGGAA